AUGGCUUACGAAUUGACGAUCAGAGCAGUCCCUUUUGCCGAAAAGGAUUCAAGAGCAGCAUUACUUCGUCGUCUGAAGGAUCGUCUCAAGCUAGAGCAGAACGAAGCAAAUCCGGACAUUGAAUAUUCUCGUUGGGAUAAAACUGUGGAAGAAGAAAUACACAUAAUCGAUUCAGAAGUGAAAAAUAUCGCGGAUAUUCUCGAGCACAGGGUUCACUUUGAUGGUAUUCGAGAAACUUUGAAAACCAGAUUGGCGCACUACUUCGACAGGUGCACCAGAGCCCUGGAAGUCGCGGAGCUAGAGCCAGAUUUGAAAGACCUGGAUCAGUUACAGGCAUUGAUUCUCCGAUAUUUUCAGGCUCACUUUUCUCCCAUUGGUACCUUACAGAAAGUUCAGUCGGAACUUUUGGUGAACAUUGCAAGAUCGUUGUCCAAUCUAAGUUUGUCGCAGAAUAAAUCCUCCCGUAGAAAAACGAGACAUCGGUCUCCACGAGAUAGUAGUAGAUCGGACGAUAGGAAUGAGAAGGAAAGUAGCGAAGAAGGAGCUGUAGGUCGUAAUCCAGAUGAACCGCGAUUUCCGCCGCGAAAAUUGAAAUCUACCGAAACGUAUCGCGAACGGCUUUCGGAUUCGGAAGAAGUAGAACGUUACGUGAAGCAUAUUAAAAUGAAAAAGAGUAAUCGGGUUCCACCACGCCUCCAACGAUCUGACUCAGAUGAAGAUUGGGUGUUACCAUCGGAUUCCGAUUCUAGUGUUCCUACUCCUCGUCGUCGCGAACGUAGGUCACGUCACGAUAUGCCUCCUCCGCGUAGGGGCCGACCAGUCUCGGAUUGGAACUUAUGGUAUGACGGAAAAGAUAAUGGCCAAGGCCUAAUGCGAUUCAUUCGGGAAAUCGAAUUUACCGCGAAUUCGGAAAAUAUGUCCCAGCAAGAACUGUUCCGUUCGGCAAUCAAUCUCUUUCGUGGGCCGGCAAAAACCUGGUUCAUGUCCGGUAUCGAGAACGAGGAAUUCGCGUCGUGGAAACAAUUAGUUCGCGAAAUGAAAAAUGAGUUUUUGUCACCGGAUCACGAUCAUGUAAGCGAAAUGCGCGCGAUCGCGAGGAAACAGGGUCCGAAGGAGAAAUUCCAAAAUUACCUAAUAGAAAUGCAAAAAAUCUUUAAUGGCUUUACGAAAUCGGUAUCGGAAAAACGCAAAUUUCAGAUCAUUUUUAGGAACAUGCGUUCUGACUAUCGCGGCUACGCAAUAGCAUCGAAGAUUGAUAAUUUGGCCGAUCUUAAAACGUUUGGUAGACAGUUGGAUGCCACGUUCUGGUACAAAUUCCAAGCUGUCGACGAAAGUCCGCGUGUACGUAGUCAAGUGAACGAAAUUCGAACCGGCGCGAAACCGAAAACUCGCGAUAAUCUAGAAACAACGAACCAAAAGUCACGAUACUUCUAUGGGAGUUCUAAAUCAGAACCCUGGAAGGAAAUUCAGAAACCGAAGCAGCAAUAUCGUGGCUCCGAGAAGUCUUCCUUAGAUCACCCUCGUAGGAAAAAUUCUACUCCUGAUGGUCUUGAAGUUUUAUUAUCAAACUAUCUGCCGUUGCCGGAAGGAAGGUGCUACAAUUGUAGGCUUCCAGGUCACCAUUACAAGGAUUAUUUGGUCCAAUCUGGGUACCAAAUCGUAAACCCCACCGACUACGUUUAUUCUGAUGGUCCAGAAGUGAAUGAACUGAUCCUUAAUUUGGAAAAUGACAGUCGUCCGUUUGCCAAAGUGACGAUAUUCGGUUUACCAUUGAUCGGUCUCCUCGAUAGUGGGGCCAAUAAAAGCAUAUUAGGCCAAGGCGCCGAACAUUUCAUCCAAAUCUGUCGUUUAAAAGUCCUCCCAGUCGAUCUAGAAGUUGUAACGGCCAACGGUCAAAAUUUGAAAGUUUUAGGUUACGUGAGCACUCCUGUGACUUUCAACGAUUCAACAAAAUUGAUAGAUUUGUUGGUUAUUCCUUCCUUGAAACAAAAAUUGAUCUUAGGAGCCGAUUUUUGGGUCACGUUUGGAAUCGUACCAUCACUUCUACCAAUCUCUGUUGAUGAAGUUGAGUGCUCACAGGAUGUGUUUCAACUCUCACCCGAACAACAAAAUGAGCUGGAAGAAGUGAAGGGACUUUUCAAAAUAGCCGUUGAUGACAAAUUAGAUGCCACCCCAUUGAUAACCCACCGGAUUGAACUAACGGAAGAAGCCAAAAGUAAGCCACCGGUACGCAUAAAUCCCUUUCCAGUAUCUCCGAAACGACAGGUCCAAAUCAAUGACGAGUUGGACAGGAUGCUGGAAUGUGGGAUCAUAGAAAGAUCGUACAGCGAUUGGUCGUUAAGAUUGGUGCCCGUCGACAAAGCAGACGGCACUGUAAGACUGUGUAUCGAUGCCCGAAAGCUCAAUGAACUAACUGUCAGGGACUCAUAUCCACUCCCCCACGCCGACAGGAUUCUCAGCAGACUCGGCCCGUCUAGAUUCAUUUCCACAAUCGACUUAUCGAAGGCUUUUCUCCAGGUCCCUCUACACCCCCGAUCGAAGAAGUUCACUGCCUUCGCAGUGCUAGGUCGUGGAUUCUUCCAAUUCCGAAGAAUGCCCUACGGACUUGUCAACAGUCCGGCAACACUGGCUCGGUUGAUGGAUCGCAUACUGGGUGGGGGCGAGCUAGAACCGUUUGUGUUCGUUUACCUUGAUGACAUCAUUGUGGUAAGCGACACAUUCGGUGAACAUCUAGCCCGCCUUCGCGAAGUUGCAUCCAGGUUGAACAUGGCUAAUCUUUCAAUAAAUAUUUCAAAAUCCAAGUUUUGUGUGUCUGAGGUAGGCUAUUUGGGGUACAUUUUAAGUCCACAGGGAUUGCGACCCAACCCGGAAAGGGUCGACUCAAUAGUCAACUACGAGAGGCCUAAAUCACUCCGUGCCGUGAGAAGGUUCUUAGGGAUGUGCAACUACUACCGAAGAUUCAUUGAGAACUUCAGUGCAGUUGUACAGCCCCUAACGGACCUUCUCAAAGGCAAGCCCACAUCGGUUAAGUGGAACGACCUAGCUGAAGUAGCGUUUGUUAAAAUAAAGGAGCUGUUGAUCAGCACACCUAUUUUAGCAAACCCUGACUUCAGCAGGCCUUUUUGUAUACAUUGCGACGCAAGCGACCUGGCCAUAGCGGGGGUGCUUACCCAGUUUUAUGAUACCAUUGAAAAACCCGUCGCUUACUUCUCUCAGAAGUUGGGAACUACCCAACAAAGGUAUUGCGCGACCGAGAAAGAAGCACUUGCCGUUCUCAAAUCCGUUGAGAAAUUUCGAUGCUACGUGGAAGGGUCGAAAUUUACUGUGUACACUGAUGCAUCCGCUCUCACGUAUAUCCUACGAAGUAGCUGGCGAACAUCUUCCAGAUUGUGCAGGUGGAGUAUCGAAUUACAAAGAUACGACUUUGAGAUCAAACACCGACGUGGUUCCGACAAUAUCGUGCCGGACGCGUUGUCUCGAGCAGUUGAGGAACUGCACGUCUCUCCUGGUCAGCCAAAUUGGUACCUGUCCAUGGUCGCGAAAAUGUGCAACAGCAAAUCAUUAUCGAAAAUCAUGACGACUCUUUACAUUUAG